GGGUGAAGCACUUUGAUUGAGUGUUACGUCGUAGUCGGACAAGUCAAUGCGGAUCACCUAUACCUGAUAAGAAAUAGUUCAUAUUCAGAAUAUACAUCGGCAGAGUUAGAGAGGUAUCGGGUAUUGGGUUUUACAUUCUGUUUGUUACUGAGCUCGGACUUCCUGCUUCUACACAACAGUGCAGGGAUUGUUUUUGGCCGUAUGAGCUUAUUGGAGAACCUCCCCACAGAGACAAUAGAAUGUUGACCUGUUUGUAUGGAAAAUAAAAUGACGCACUCUUACCAACGUGGAGCCACUUUGACACGCUCUCUAGGCUCUAAGAAACAUUGGAUCCCACAUACAACAAUUGAACAUUCACAAUGCAUUGGGUGAAGGUAACAGUAUACCGUCAACUGGGGGCGGUUUAACGCGAUUAGUGUACAGUAUAUCCACUUAGCGAUAUCAUUUCUGUGCAGGAAACAACGGAGUCCCAGACAUCCAUGGAUGGAUUAUCCUAAUCUGGCGAGAGUGGUUGGUAAUCCAGCGUCAGGAUUAUAGUACAGAAAGCCAUAUGUUGAGAUCCUCUCCCCACAAGCAUAUAACAAGAUGUCCUUGAUGAGGGGUUGACGAGGGGUGGUUCCUGAUCAUAUCACCCUAGUGACCUAUCAACCACCCAUAAUGCCGGUGGCCGUGGAGAAGAAGGUGAUGUUCUCACCCGAGUGUCUGGAGAAGUCUCCAGACAUCGACGCCAGUUCCGUCAUAUUCCAGACACUGGUGCCCCGACGCCGGAGAGACCGGUUCGGCCGUGACACAACAAGUCAGUCUGAUUAUUUGCUGUCUGCUACAUUAUUUCCCACCGGAGUCAGGGCGCCUGCCCUUGAGGAGCUGCAGCAAAAGUGUGGCCCCAUCAGUCGAAUUGAAAAGCCCAGACUUGUCCCCAGGGGGAUAAUAGCCUCGGAGUCUUGGCCUGGGUCAGGACCGAAAGUGCUCACCCUGCGGAAAGGGAAAGAGAGCCCGCCUGACAGCCACCGGUCAUCGCAGAACAGGUCUGAAGCUUUGCACUGCAACUUCCGGUCAUACCAUUGGUCACAGAUGAUGAAGAAGAGAGAUGUCCGAGAUCCUAUGUAUAUCAAUACCUACUGUCCAGAUGAAAGACCGCUUCGGUUUAAGGAAACGUCCUUCCCGCGGAUUACCAAGGGCAGACCAUGGUCGGUCGGGGAAUCUAAUCCUUCAAAACGAUUUGUGAGGGUAAGGGAUGAGAGAAAGAGUGCUGGCCAGCUGACGUGUAAAACCAGAGUUCAGGGGACGCCACUGCACCCGUCUAGGGAGGCGUUCCACGCAGUUGCUAACAAGGAGGACAGUGAACAGUAUUUUGAAGUGAAGCGCGUGUCAGCUGAUGAGAGAAGUCGACCCAGGGGGCAGGGGACGUGUCUGUACUCGCAGGUUCGUCAGUGUAUAAGGCUAGCAAGGAAUCAUGACCCUAGACGGGGGAAAAAGAUUGAGCGGCCGAUGAAGUCUGAAAUAGGCAAAUACAGACCAUUCUCAACAACCCGGAUCCGCACCCCCUGUGUCUCCCCACAGCCGCAUUCCUCCUACAAGGAACAUGAUUCGGCUGACACGUAUCGAAGUUACGUCAUUACGAAAGCUCUUCAGACCAAGAUGAGCGGAUCAAGGUCAGCGGGAACUAUUGCUAGUGGGGUCGUGGCCCGCAACAACACCGCUGCAUCUACGUACUUUGAUGUCGAAUCUCAGGUGGUUCAAUCAGUGGCAGAUAGCAACAUGCCAGACAGUGACUGUAAAACAUUAAGUGGGGUGUCUCACGACUCAGAGAUGGGACCAGUGACCAGGCACCAACACGACCCCCUGAUUAUUGGGCUUGACAUUCGGGGGUCCACCAUCGUCCCACCGAAGUCGAGCAAAUCAAAAGCAUCAGAUUCAGACUACAACGACAAACCCGUGGUUACUUUCAGUCCCAAGAAAGAAGCUAUUACAACGAGAUGCCGCAAAAGAUCCAAGACGUCCACCAAGUCAGGACUGAGUGGUCAUAGUGAUGUGGGCAUCCCGGCGGAGGAGCUAACCACCCCUCGCCAGGAGGAGGACAUCCUUCCCGAACCCGUCCCCAUCCAGUUGGACGAGAGUGGGAACCCCACCAUUUGGCAACACAACCCCCUCCCACGGGACAGCCCGGACUCCAGCGUCAUCAAGAUCCCUGCUGCAUUGUCCAUGCUAAGUAUAGAAGAUACGGAGGACACGGACACCCACGACGAAGGCUUCUGAUGUGAUGACUCAGUUCCCGCUGUCAGACCCUUGGCACUCAAUUGACCAACAGCACUUUAAGGUUGGAUUAGCCAUGUAGAGUAGAGACAAUGACAACAAUGUGCAGUAUAGGGUGUUUUUGUGAUAUUAUCUUUACAAUUCAUGCAUAUUUUGAUUGAAAGCACACACACACACACACACACACACACACACACACACACACACACACACACACACACACACACACACACACACACACACACACACACAAACACACACACACACACAAACACACCACCACCACCACCCGCCACCCGACUCUUGUCUAGGUUAUACAACGAUACGUAUGGCGUCGUGGAGCUGAUAUAGCUGGGGACGGGGCAAACCAAGGUAGACAUGUUUCCACCGUCCACGACUCAGGAACUGUAACAUAAUAUCAGUAUACGGAUACCGUACCGGAUACUCAAUCAUAUUUGAUUCUCGUGAACAUCCUUGCAAUGGACACAAUGUCAUCUGUUUAUAUACAUGGAAUACAAUGAAAAGGAUCAUCUGCAUAUUAUUAAACUUGUAAUACUAUUUCAUGAUAGUUCAUGGUUUUGCUAUCAUAAGUCAAUAUUGCCUUACAAGUGUUACCAUGCACGAGUGUCUAUAGACUAAGAUAUAAUCUAUGGGAUUUUUUUAAUUACACAAUGCAUUAUUUCUUCUAAAAUUAAAACAAUAAAUGUUCCUGAUGCUGAUUUCAUGCUAGACUUGCUUUUAUAUACAUCUAGAUUGGUUUUGUGUUAAAAAAUACAUAU